AUGACAGAGAUGAUCUGUCAAUGGAGUUUUAACAAACACAAGAAGAGAUUCAUUGCAAGCGAUGAUCUAAAAAAACACAACCAACCUGGAGAUCUAUGGAUCUCCAUCCAAGGCAAAGUCUACGACGUCUCCCACUGGGUUAAAUCCCACCCCGGAGGCGAAGCAGCGAUCCUAAACCUCGCCGGUCAAGACGUCACCGACGCCUUCAUCGCUUACCAUCCCGGAACCGCAUGGCGCCACCUCGAAAACCUCCACAACGGUUACCACGUGAAAGACCACCACGUGUCCGACGUGUCGCGUGACUACCGUCGUUUAGCCGCGGAGUUUUCAAAACGCGGACUCUUCGAUAAAAAAGGUCACGUGACUCUUUACACGCUCACGUGCGUCGCUUUGAUGCUCGCGGCGGUUAGCGCUUACGUGGGACAUGACUCUGGUCAUUACAACGUGACGUCGACGAAGCCGUGUAAUAAACUCGUCCAGCUUCUGUCUGGUAACUGCAUCACUGGGAUAUCGAUCGCGUGGUGGAAAUGGACGCACAACGCUCACCAUAUCUCUUGUAAUAGUCUUGACCACGAUCCUGACCUCCAGCACAUCCCUGUCUUAGCCGUCUCCAACAAGUUCUUUAAGUCGAUGACGUCACGUUUCUAUGGGAGGAAGUUGACGUUCGAUCCACUAGCUCGGCUCUUGAUCAGUUACCAACACUGGUCGUUUUAUCCAAUCAUGUGUGUGGGGAGAAUCAAUCUCUUUGUCCAAACGUUACUUUUGCUAUUCUCGAGACGUCACGUUCCUGAUCGAGCCUUGAACAUAGCUGGGAUUCUUGUUUUCUGGACGUGGUUUCCUCUUUUAGUAUCCUUCCUACCAAACUGGCAAGAGAGGAUCAUCUUUGUAUUCAUAAGCAUGGCUGUCACGGCGAUUCAACACGUUCAGUUCUGUUUAAACCAUUUUGCGGCAGAUGUUUACACCGGUCCGCCUAAUGGGAACGAUUGGUUCGAGAAGCAGACCGCCGUGCCUACUAUGAUGCACCUGAAGUAUUACGUAACCAUUACGGCCGUGACUUUGACGUAUGGAGCACUGGAGUUAUGUGGUUCUGCUCCUUUUGAUGCUGGAACUGAUCGUGCUAUCUUUAGAGAGAUUUUCAGGGAGUGCCAAGGAUCUUACAACGAAAAUGCUUGGCCGUGCUUGGAUACAUGUCCAUCAAGCAUCGGCUUGACGACCGAUUACUAUAAAAGAGGUUUUGGGGCCAAUUUCCCAAAUGAUCAGUUAGCAGAUAUGGUUCAAGCAACUUAUAUUUGA